UAAACCCUUUUCUCGAAGCGCAUCAACAUGCGGUUCUUGGCACUGAUAUGUGUCCUGCUGGCGCUGGCCGCCGUCGUAACGGCUGCCAAAUCCUGCAAAGAAUGUAACCGGAACGAGUGCGACUGCGAGCGUGCAAUUGCCCGAGGUCCGCCACCGCAACCAUAUCCGUUCUACAAAAAGAAGAAAUGCAACGUGACGCGGCCGCUUGAACUGAAACCGACCCAUGAUGUGUGCUCUUGUGAGCAGGAGUACCGCGUGCGACCGUUGGUGAUUGAACGUGUGGAGCCGAAAUUUGCCAAAUCGCGAUCCUGUGAAUGCGGUUAUGAAAACCACGGUGGAACCCCUACUAAAAAGUAUCCAGCGGAUUUGAUCAGUCGCCAGUUGGCGUUGGAGUACGCGAGAAAGACGAAGAUCAGCGAAUCCGAUCUGCACGUGCACGGUCGUCCCGUCACUGUUCCCCCUCCUUGUAAACCUGACGUCAUUCAGGAGGAACGACUGUUCAAAAACACCCUGCAGGUGCUGGAGAUGAAACAGCAGAAGAAGCGCGUCAAGUAUCGAGUGCAAUCGUCGGAGGAAACCGAAGGUAUUCCUUGCCACCCGAAGGAGGAGAGCUACUGUGCAAUCUGUUACGGCAAGGUCGAACCGCGGGAGCCCAAAUUCGAGCUUCUGCGCCAAGAUGGCCCAGUGUGCGAGGAGUGUAAGGAUUACUCAAGGUCCGAAGAGCUCGAGGAAGUUGACGAUUAUACGGAGGCGCCACCGAAAUCCCAUCACUGUAACAAAUGCAAGCAGCCGAAGAAAUCUUGUGGCUGCAAGGAGCAGUACGAUAGCUACGAAUCUGCACAAUCGUAUGAGGAUGACUGUCCGCUGAAACGCCGUUCACGGGCGAUCCCUGCGUUGGAUAAUGCGAAGCCAUCGGUGCCAGUGGUGUAA